UGGCGAAGCCGAAGGGCAGGAGGCAGCCAACUGGUGGUGUAGUCGGACGCCCUUCCAAGUCGGACAAGAGAGCCAAGACAGCAGCAGCGAGAGGUGCGUUGGCCCAGGAGAGACCCCAAGCUGAGCUCGAGCAGCAACGUGCAGCGCUCGCGGCGGACAGAGCAGAGAUGGCGCAGAGGGAGCAAGCGCUCAGAGCGAAGGAGGCUGCGUUCGCCUAGAAGGAGCAAGAAAUGGCGCGCGCCGCUGCACAGCGGGAAAAGCGUGAGCAGCAGGAGGUUGAGCGCGUCCAAGCAGCAGCUGCUGCUGCUGCGGCGAAGAAGGUUGCUCAGGGCCUGGACUACAUGGACACAUCUGUGCACGAAGUGAAGCCGAAGAAGGGCGAGGUCUGGACCCAGUUGCAGUCAAGGAUGGUCCUCAUGCUACUCUUCGACCUCCGCAAGGAAGGUUGCUCUGAGAACGAGGCGGUGUUGCAGGUCAGUACACAGCAGUGAAGGUCGGAUGAUGUGGCACAGCAGCAGGCCGAUGUCUUUUGUAAAUAUUCAUCUUGAUCAAAGAGGGGUAACGGUUGGUUUUUGAAUCUAUACUCCGGAAUAUGUGCUGUACACCCUAUUUUUGCUGCCAACAGCAGUAUGUUCAUGUGUGGUGUGUGUGUUUUCGUUGCAUUUAUGUCGGGCGCGAGCCUUUGCCGUUCGUUACACGGUUGACUCACCUGUCUACGUCACACAAAUAU